AUGGGACCCCACGUUGCCAAUGUUUUUGACCCUCAUUCUUGGAAUGUUGAGAACAACGCAGUGACUCUCGAAGUCAUGCGAGUUGUUCUUGCUACUGGGCUCUUCGCCAUCGGUGUUGAACUACCACAGUCCUACAUGUGGAAACACAUCAACAGCCUUCUUACCAUGGUUGUUUCAACCAUGGCGUUUGGGUGGCUCAAUCAUAUCGUCAUGCGUUUCGUGACUGGUUUCUCGUCGGUUGGCUAUGGUUUCAUCGACCGUGAAUCUUACGUUGUACAAUUCCUCGCUUUGGCCAUAUUCACCGUCGGUGUGACUAGUACAAUUGGUUGCGACGAUCUUCUCGCAGCGUUUGCAGCCGGCGGCCUGAACAAAACCACAGGCAGUGCAAUAUCAUGGGAUAAUUAUUUCAACGUACAGAUCGAUAAUGAAGGAUUUUCAUCUGUCAUCGAUCUGGUCCUAAACUGCGUCGCAUUCAUCUACAUCGGCGCAUGGAUACCCUUCGGCCAGUUCAAUCAAGCCGAGCUCGGGAUCACGCCAUGGCGCCUCGUAGUACUGUCUCUGAUAAUCCUGGCCCUGAGACGCAUACCAUUUUCGUUGAUGUUAUACAAAUUCGUACCAGAAAUCGCAAAUUGGCGGCAGGCACUCUUUGCGAGGCAUUUCGGCGUUGGAGCGGUGUUCGUAUCAACACUUGCCAUCACACGCCUAGAGAAGAUUCAAGAUGCCUCUCAAAACCAACAAUUAUUGACUGCCACCCCGCAUCCAAUCGUCGCCUUCAUCGUUCUCUGUUCCAUCGUUGUUCAUGGUCUGUCGAUCCCCUUGUUUUCCGCCGUGCGCCAAAUCCACGCCCUCGCAGGCAAGAAGCGCACCGAUGCACCUGAGAUAUUCUUUUGGAAUCGCCAUUCUCCUGUUGCUCCUGUUCCCUCAUUCACUGAUAUUGAGCUCGGUGGACGUGGCGCGAGGACAGUCGUGAGUGCAAGUGAUGGGACUAACAUUGAGACUGUAGGGCCGGAGUCAGCUGAGGUCGAGAUGUCAUCGCGAGAAGCUGAGGUAGCAGAACAUCCGGGACUGGCACACAGCAGGAUGGAUGGGGUCCACCGUACAAUGACAGUCACUGCCGGCCCUCGGGAUCAUGAGCGCAGAGAUAUUACAAUGUUGGAAGGCGACGUAGCAGACGAGUAUGUGCAUUUCUAG